AUGCAUGAUCCUCUGUCUGGUACCUCCAACCCAAUCGCCAUUUGCGGUAUGGCCAUGAGAUUACCGGGUGGAAUUUCCAACGAUACCCAGCUCUGGGAAUUUCUUCUUGCCAAAGGAGAUGCCAGGUCACGAGUUCCAAAUACUCGGUACAACGUUUCGAGCUACCAUUCCAAAUCGGGAAGGCACGGAACAACGAAAUCGGAGUACGGGUAUUUCCUGGAUGAAUCUGUCGACCUUGGAACCCUCGACACUAGCUUCUUCAGCUUUACAAAACUCGAACUGGAAUAUAUCGAUCCUCAGCAACGUCAGCUGCUAGAAGUGGUCCGGGAGUGCUUUGAAAGUGCCGGAGAGGUUGAUUACCGAGGACGAGAUAUUGGAUGUUUUGUGGGCUCGUUUGGCGAUGACUGGACCGAAAGUCUCACCUACGAUCAACAAACCUCAGGCAAGUACCCACUAAUGGUUGGAGGUGACUUUGCUAUCCCGAACCGGAUCUCGUACGAAUAUGAUCUCCACGGGCCAAGUCUGAGUAUUCGAACGGCCUGCUCUUCAUCGGUUGUCGCGCUCCAUCAGGCGUGCCUUUCAAUCGAAAAAGGGGAGUGCUCAGCCGCCAUUGUUGCUGGUUACAAUCUUAUUCUCACUCCCACAAUGACUAUGAUAAUGACGUCAAAGGGCGUACUUUCGUCUGAUGGGUCUUGUAAAUCAUUUGACGCGAACGCAGAUGGGUAUGGUCGCGGCGAGGCCGUUAAUGCCAUCUACAUUAAGCCAUUAGAAGCCGCCCUCCGUGACGGAAACCCUAUACGUGCAGUUAUUCGGGGCAGUGCUGUGAACUCAGAUGGAAAGUCUGCGGGGUUCACUGUCCCUAGUGCAGAUGCCCAGGAGGAUGUCAUUCAGAAAGCGUAUCACGCUGCCGGCAUUACUAACCUGGCCCAGACCUCAUUUGUGGAAUGUCAUGGCACAGGUACCACCGUCGGUGACCCUAUAGAGGUAGGAGCAAUUGCAAAUACAUUCGGGGAUAAGGGAGUGUAUAUUGGGUCGGUCAAGCCUAAUGUCGGACAUUCUGAAGGUGCAUCGGGGCUCACCUCAGUCAUCAAGGCAGUAUUGGCUGUUGAGCAUCGCAUUAUCCCACCAAAUAUUAAGUUCAAUACCCCAAAUCCCAAGAUCCCGUUCGAGGCCAAGAGAAUCACGGUCCCUGUGGAGGCAACCCCUUGGCCUCAAGACCGCUGUAUAAGAGCCAGUGUGAAUAGCUUUGGAAUGGGGGGUGUCAAUGCGCAUGUUGUUAUCGAGUCCGCAGAGAACUUCACUCCACCAAGCUCACCAUUGAUUGAAGAGAACGUCGCAGUACCACGAGUGCUGCUCUUCUCAGCCAACACCCAGGAUUCACUCGAGGCAAUGAUUCAACAGAAUCUCGCGUAUCUGACGGACAACCCUGGCUCCCUGCGUGAUCUUGCGUACACCAUGGGUGCGAGGCGGGAACACCUGCCUUUCCGGGCAGCAUCAAUUGUACGCAGCGACAUGUCAGUUACUACAACUUCAUUUGGAAAGACCCCCUCCACUGCCCCCAAGAUCGUCAUGGUGUUUGCGGGCCAGGGCGCUCAAUGGCCAGGUAUGGGUCUGAAACUCUACCAUUGCAAUGCCACCUUUCGAAGAUCACUCUUGGAAAUGGAUAGGGUGUUGCAGGAUUUACCAGAUGCCCCUGCAUGGUCUAUCAUUGAUGAAAUCGGGAAGGAAAAUGGAACAAGCGAACUUUAUCUAUCAUCCCAUUCGCAGCCGAUAUGCACUGCACUUCAGAUCGCACUUGUUGAUGUCCUUUUCGAGCUCAACAUCAUGCCUUACGCCGUCAUUGGUCACUCCUCCGGGGAGCUUGCCGCAGCCUACGCUGCUGGGAGGCUGACUGCAAGCCAAGCCGUGAUUUCAGCCUUCUACCGGGGCGCCGUGGCCGGAAAGGUGACACAAGCCGGAGGUAUGGCUGCGGUUGGGAUGGGAAGAGACGACGUUUAUCAAUUCUUGAGACCAGGUGUGGUUCUCGCCUGUGAGAACUCCCCGUCUAGUGUCACCAUCUCUGGUGAUGUCGACGAAGUAGAGCAUGCCAUGCAGGCAAUUAGUGUGGCACGACCAGAAGUCCUGGCUCGGCGACUCAAGUGCGAUACUGCGUACCACUCACAUCACAUGAAGGCUAUAGGAGAAACAUACCACUCAUUGAUUGAUCCCUUUUUUGGUGGUGCGGUCGAAUCAAAGUGCCAGGGUGUCCACUUUUUCUCAACGGUCACUGGCGAUGUACUGAGUGACGGAGAUAUUGUGGGAUCGAAAUACUGGCAGACAAAUCUAGAGUCUCCUGUUAUGUUCCAAGCUGCUCUCAAAAAUAUCCUCGCCGGGCAAGAUAGCCGUCAGCUUCUAUUUCUUGAGCUUUCGCCACAUUCCACUCUCGCCGGCCCAAUCCGCCAAACACUAGACCAGGGCCAAGUGAGCCAGGCUUAUGUUUCUUGUCUGGCUCGUUACAAGAACUGUGCCGAGUCAUUCCUUUCUGCCAUUAGUCAAAUGUACUCGCAGAAGUAUCCCUUCGAUUUCAACCUGCUCACCAACCCAGAUCGAAGUGCCAAGGUCCUCACGGAUGUGCCAACCUAUCCCUGGCAGCACAAUUACUCCAGUCUAUACGAGCCCCGUCAGAAUAAAGAAUGGCGAUUCCGCAAAGGACCAAAACACGAACUCUUGGGAAGUCGAGUGGUUGAUAGUACAGACAAUGAGCCAAGUUGGAGAAAUGUGCUUUAUCUAGAGCAUGUAACAUGGCUUCGGGAUCAUAGGGUCUCGGGAAACAUUGUCUUUCCGGCCGCUGGUUAUAUCAUGAUGGCUGGAGAGGCCGUGAGACAGGUCGGCUCCACAGCAGCGGGAUUCAUUGUGCGCAGAAUGGUUCUAGAUACAGCAAUGAUUCUCAGCGAGUCAAAUCCGACAGAGAUCGUGACAUCGCUGUGGAAGCGUCGUCACGAUAGAUGGUAUAAUUUUACCAUCAGUUCACACAACGGAGUGAAAUGGAUCGAGCACUGUUCUGGGGAGGUAGCCAAGGGUCAUGACCUACCCUUGGCUAAAAACAAGCACGAACAAAACUUGCCUCGCGACAUCGACGUUUCUAGCUGGUACAAAACACUAAAACGGGGUGGUGUUGGUUUUGGGCCAGCUUUUCAAGGCAUUGAAAGACUUUCUUGCUCAACCACCAGUAAUAUUGUGUCUGGAAAGAUUGUGUCUAGGCUGAGUGAGUCUACAUAUUAUCCGGUACAUCCUACACAACUGGAUUCCUUCUUCCACACUUUGUACGGUGCAAUAUACAAAGGAUUUGAUUGGCAGGUCGAGACACUGCCUGUUCCAACGAGUAUUGCGGAAAUCAGCAUCAACGAUUGUGCCUCUGAUUUAGACGUCACGAUCUGGGCCGAUGCCCCCAAGAAAGACAUGAUAACCGCUUGUGGUGAGGCGUUUGGAUCUGACGGCAAUAUUUUAUUGAGAUUCAAAGACACCGUUCUUCGACCUCUCGGAGCGAACCAGCCUCUGUUUGCAGAAGGCGAUUCUAAAGCUGGGGCAAGACUACAUUGGAGACCAAGUAUACAAUUCCUCAACCUCGCCGACCUGAUCAACUCACCCUCAAACUGGGCGGAGCAUACGGUAUUGUUAAACUGUUUGACUUUGCUGUGCGUUGAAAAGGCUCUCUGUCGUCUUGAUGCUCGGGGGGUAUCUUCAAGUAUCCCACACCUUCGAAAGUACCAAGACUGGCUUCAAGGACAGCCUAAACCGACAUCCGAGGAAAGCAUAGAAUCUUUGGUUGACCAGAUUCUAGCUACACCAGCGGCAUCUUGCGCCCAGGCAAUGGUGAAGGUAUUAGACAACAUUGUGCCGAUGUGCAAAGGUGAAAUCGAAGCUUUAGAAAUUCUCAUGGGCGACGAUACUCUAUAUAAACUAUACAACUACUUAAACGAGGUUGACCGUGCUCCAUUCUUUGAUUGUCUCGGCCACUACCAGCCACAUCAGCGAAUUCUUGAGAUUGGAGCAGGCACAGGAGGAACAACCGCAAAAAUUCUUUCUCAGACAAUGUACUCGACAUAUACAUUUACAGAUAUCUCUGCGGCGUUCUUCCCAGCAGCGAAGGACCGUUUCAAUUCCCACUCAAACAUGAUUUUCAAAACGCUUGACAUUACCAAAGACCCUUUAGAUCAGGGGUUCGAACCAGAGUCCUUUGAUUUGAUCAUUGCAGCCAAUGUCUUACACGCCACACCAAUUCUGCACGAGACACUCACCAAUGUUCGUAAGUUACUCCAUCCGCAGGGCAAACUACUCUUGGAGGAGCUUUGCGGGGAGGCCAAAUUCGCCAAUUUCAUUGUCGGGGUUCUGCCCGGGUGGUGGACGGGCGAGUUAGAUGGUAGAACGGACGAGCCCUAUAUCUCGCCUGAUCGGUGGGAUAAAGCCCUGAAGGAUACUGGUUUUAAUGGCCUCGACGACGUUGCGUUUGAUGCAGCACCACCGCUUCAUAGCCUUGCAUUCAUGAUUGCAAGCCCGUCCUGCUUGUCCGAGGCCCCUCCGAGAAGAGGUAUCACGUUACUUUCUGAUAUAACGUCAUCAGAAAUCGCUGCACAGAUGCAGAAACAAUUACGCUCUAGGGGAUAUACAGUCAGUAUUCAGGGACUUGAUCAGCCUUUGCUAGAUGGGGAAGAUGUCAUGGUUCUUCUUGAUACAGCAUCUCCAUUCUUCAACAAUCUCAUCAGCAGCAGGCUUUCCGCUUUUCAGUCUUUCUUACGUGAAAUCCAGCGAUCGCAUUCCGGAGUCCUUUGGGUGACCCGACCGAUCCAGAUGAACUGUGAAAAUCCUCGGUUUUCGCCUACUGUCGGUAUUGCACGAACAGUUCGCUCUGAAUUUGGCAUUGACUUUGCGACAUGCGAGGUCGAUGUUCUCAAGUACACAAGCAUCGGGCUUGUCAUUGAUGUUUUUGAAACGUUUCAUAAUCGGGCCUAUGGAGAGAAUGUCUACCCCGAAUACGAAUAUGCGAUUCACGAAGACACUGUUCAUGUGGGACGUUUAUUUCCAUUCUCUGUCCAGGACGAGUUAAAGCGGAUUCAAGAAUCGGAUAUGAACAUCAAAGACACUAGAUUAUCUCUUGAUAUCGGCACACCUGGUAUUGUUGACUCCUUGGCAUGGACUGUCAACUCAGAGCAGCAGGGCCAUUUAUUGAACGAUGAUGAGGUUGAGAUUCAAGUGGACACUGCUGGAGUAAACUUCAAGGACAUCCUUAUCUCUCUGGGUAUUUUGGAUUUACCGAGUACGGUCAUGGGUCUUGAGGGCGCUGGGAUUGUGCUCCGAGUUGGUGCACAAAUUCAGGAUCUUUGCCCCGGUGACCGAGUAUGUGCUUUUGGUCCUGGAACCUUUGCGACGUCAGUGAUACUUCCAGCAUCACGGUGUGUCAAAAUCCCAGAAUACCUUUCGCUCGAGGAUGCUGCAGCCAUGCCGCUUGUGUUUGCAACCGCCAUUCACGGACUGUGCGAUGUCGGACAGUUGAAAAAGAACCAGACGGUUCUCAUUCAUUCUGCCUCUGGUGGUGUAGGCCUUGCCGCCAUCCAAAUCAGUCAGAUGAUUGGGGCAAUCAUAUACGCCACCGUCAGUAAUGAGGACAAAGUGGAGUACCUUGGGACAUCGUACGGUAUCCCACGAGACCACGUCUUCAAUUCGCGUGACUCGUCCUUUUCAGACAGGAUCAUGAAAUCAACUGAUGGGCGCGGAGUUGAUCUGGUUCUAAAUUCACUUUCUGGAGACUUGUUUCAGGCUUCUUGUGCAUGUGUCGCCAAGUUUGGUAAGCUGGUCAAUCUUGCUAAGUGGACAGCAGUCAAUCAAGGGCAACUUCCCAUGAAUGUCUUCCAUCCUAACAUGGCCUACGUUGUUAUCGACAUCAUCGACUACGUUGAGUGCAGGCCCGAAGAAAGCAAACGUUUGUUGAAGAAAAUUAUAGACCUUUAUAAACAGGGUCAUAUCCGACCUAUUACCCCUGUGAAGACGUUCUCUGCGAACGAUUUACAACAAUGCUUUGCCUACAUGCAGACUGGUCAGCAUAUUGGCAAGCUUAGGGUCUCAAUCAAUUCACAGAAUACGUCUAUUGAGGCGGUUUGCCCUCCCAAGACCAUGAGCUUCCAAAGUGAUGCGUCUUACCUCCUCGUCGGGGGGCUUGGAGGAUUGGGUGGUGGGACAGCAAGGUGGAUGGUUGAGCAUGGUGCCAGACAUCUCAUCUUCUUGUCCCGAAGCGCCGAUGCAGAGUCUAAUAAUAACCUCUUCCGUGAACUGAAAAGCCAAGGCUGUUCCGUGACAGCAGUCAAGGGAAGCGUCUGCAACCCAUCGGACGUUAAGAGAGCCAUUUCUUGCACCACCAAAUUGAAAGGCAUUUCCAACAUCUCUAUGGUUCUACAAGACGCAUCGCUGAUCAAUAUGACAUUGGAUGAAUGGAACGCUGCCACUGGACCAAAGAUACAAGGAACAUGGAAUCUGCACGAGGCAAGCUUGGACCAAAAUCUUGAUUUCUUCCUCCUUUUCAGCUCGAUGGGUGGUAUUAUUGGAAUACCGGGGCAGGCCAACUAUGCCUCUGCGAAUACCUUCAUGGAUGCGUUCGUGCAAUUUCGCCAUCGCUCCCAUUUGCCCGCCUCUGUCAUUGACAUUGGUGUAGUCCAAGGUAUUGGGCAUGUCGCCAAUAACCCGGCGAUCUUGGAUAAACUCAAAUUGCUCGAAUGUACUCGCAUGAGCCAAAAGGAUUUGUUCAACGCCAUCACAGUUGCCAUAUCUCAUAGCCUUCCUCCACAAACCCAGGACGGCCAUUACGCGAACCUAGCGCAAUUCAUCACUAGAAUUAGAGGCACCGCCGGCAUGCUAGAGGGUACCAGUGGAAAGACAAUAAUACUCGAUAGUCGCCUAACUGCUUGCUGUAGCAAUUCCGCUGACACUGCGCCUACCGAGAAGAAGACUUUGGCAGACAAACUCAAGCAUUUCAUGUCUUCGGCUGCUAUAGACUCUGCCAUUCUUUCAGAAACAACAGCGACGGAAUUCGUUGGUAAAGAGAUUGCAAAAUGGGUGUUCGACCUUCUCAUGAAACCGGUCGAUGAUGAUUCAGAGAUCGACCUUUCUCGCUCCCUCGUUGAUGUCGGACUUGACAGUUUGGCUGCUGUGGAAAUGCGGUCCUGGUUAAAAGCCUCCCUGGGGCUCGAUAUUAGCGUUUUGGAGAUCAUGGCAUCCGCCAGUCUGGCUGCGAUGGGUGAGCGUGUCAUUCAAGGGCUCAUCAGGAAGUUCGGGGGAGACAAGAAGAAUUGA